AUGGACACGGAUGUCCGGCCGUUCGCAAGCUUGGUGAACGAGCCCGGGCCGGUAGUUCCUGUUGGGCCCAACGAGGCCGCAGAGAUACCGGAGGCGUCUCCGGCAAAGGCCAGUGAGGGAUUCGAAUCUGAAACCGGCAGUGCAACGGGCAAUGCUCGCGUGCGCCUGGCUGCUUACAUGGACUUCAGGGAUGAGGGGAUUGAAGAAGAAGAUGAUGAUCAAGAUAUAGACAUGACUCUGCUCCAAGAGGAGAACAUGGAGAUAGAUGAAGCUCGGUCUUCGGCACUCUUGGAGGCCCUUGGCAAGGAGAACGGGGAGGAAUCAGAACAGGACCCAUUCUCUGUGGCGCCUGGAGUCACAUCAUUCACAUUUAUCCGAACAACCCUGCAGCUUCUCAGCAGGGGACUUGUUGCCAAGAAGCUGGAUGCAUCCAACAACUUCGAAAUAUCAUUUGAUUUUUUUUUGCAGCAAACCGCCAAAGAGCGUAGAGGUGUGGCCCACUUCUCCGUAGGAGGAUCCAUCAACAGCCAACUGCCACGCAUUUGCAUAGCUCCUGGGUCGACGAAGUUGUACUUCUUCUUACGGCAGGGUUCUUUCCGUGCAAAGUUAGCCACAGCUCCGAUUCCGCGGAACCGACUUGUCCGGAUCACCUUCCGGCUCGUCCAACAUGUGGUCACUGUUUUAGUCGAUGGUUCAGAGCAAGCUGUGGCUUCGGCUGAAGGCUUGCAGGUGCCCGUCCCUGCAAAGAUGUUUGCGUACUUCAAUGGGCCAGGCGACGUAGCAGCAGAUGCAAUGGUAGGAAAUUCAUUGUACCGUUGGCGCCACUUUGCAUUAAGACCGAGAGUGCAGGCGACUACAAUAUUCGAGCUGCCGCCGGAUGAAAUCCAGUUGAUGGUAGAAGUGACAGAUGAGCUUGCAAGAGCCAAGAAAUGGGCAAAGUUUGAUGCUUUCUUUGGUGUCAUCGUGUUUGCGAAUGCAGUCUCCAUGGGCAUUCAGACAGAUUGCCGUUGCGAGAAUGAUGUGGUGUGGCAAGUGUUGGACAACGUCUUCCUUGUUGCCUUUAUCAUGGAACUCAUUCUGAGAGCAAUUAUCAGCGGCCUGCGGUUGUUUGGCACCAUGCUGGUGCGUGAUCAUUGGUUACAACUUGAUGUCAUGGUUGUCUCCUUGACAAUUGUGGACACCUGGGUUCUGGGCGAUCUUGGUAGUGGUGGAGUGUUUGCCCUUGCUCGCUUGUACCGCUUGCUUAAGCUUGUCAAGAUGGUGCGCCUGCUUCGCUCCUUUCGUCAACUUGCAAUGCUUGUUGAGGGAAUAUUGAGCUCCUUGCAGACUUUGUUUUGGGCAGUACUACUGCUUGCUUUGAGUAUUUUCAUGUUCUCCGUGCUCCUUGUGAGGAUGGCACAGUGGGAUUUGACUGCUGUGCAGGGUGCUUCGCUUCCUUUCGCUUCUCUUCCAACAGCCAUGUGGACGCUGGUUCAGCUUGCCACUUUUGACAAGUGGGUGGGUUUAGUUCGCAGCGCUGCGUUGCAGCUUGGUGGAUUGCACGGUGGAGCCAUUGCUGUUGUUCUUUUAGUUUGUGUGUGCCUAACUGGGCUGGGCAUCAUGAAUCUGGUAGUCGGCAUCUUGUGCAACACUGCUUUCAAGCUUGAGUCUCGCCAAGUUCGGAUGGUGGGAGCUGAACGCCUUCUGAAGCAGCAGGGGGCUCUCGAACUGUUCCGUCAGCAGUUGCUCAAGCAUGGGACGCACCUGCUCAAGAACCCCAGAUACAUAGCGAAGGACGAGUUUUUUGAAGCUUUGCAAGACAGCAGCAUCAAGGAAAUCACUCAGAUCUUAAACCUCACCGACAAGGACUUCGCAAUGUUGGUAUCUGCGCUUGAGGAGAACAACGACAUAGAGAUCGAUGGCAUCAUUGAAGCCAUUGGCAUCAUCGAACUGCAGUCCUACUUUGCACAGAGCGUAGCAAACAGUGUCAAGAAACACAAGGCGGCGACAGCACUGAGACCUGUUGACCUGCUGUUCUUUUGCAUCAGUUUAAGGCAGUUGGAAGCUUCCAUGGACAAAGUUGAGCGCAAUGGGCGGAGCAUGUGUGCAUUUGCCUAUGAUGCACUGAGUAUUUUAUAUGCCCGGGCGGAGGAGUCAUACACUCUUCUCAGACUGAAUCACGAUGUGAAAUGGACCCCUCCGGCAUCAAAGAUGGAGUUGACGCAAUCAUCUCUGAAUGUUCGGAAGAUGGAGGAGACUGCAAACCAGUUCAACCUUGACGCGGAGGAACAGAGGCUUCUUAUGCCGAUCGACAUUUCGUUUGGCAGCGUCAUCACCGUGAAUGGUGCCUUUGUUGGCGUACAAACAAUGCAAGAUGAUGGAAACGUGCUCGUCUACUGGAUUGACUUGGGUUUCACAUUCUUGUUCACCCUUGAAUUCAUUCUCCGAGGUGUUCUAGCAGCUAACCUGCACUAUGUUCACCAAGCAGAGGAGGGGGACAACGAUUUGAACUUCUUCCAGCAAGCCAGCAGGAAAGUCGCUCGCUUCGCCAGCUUGAAAUCCAGAAUGCGUUGCUGGGUGUUGCCACCUUGCCCGCCUGGUGGGGUUGUCAGCGUUCUUUCUGCCACUUGCCGAAGCCUCAGAGAGUUUUCGGUCUUUUUCGACUUCACCAUCAUUGUGCUGUCGCUCCUGGAUUCCUUAGUUAUAGUUCAGCUUCGCAAUGCUGGGGUACUGGAACUUGACACAUCGGCACUUUCGGUGCUGCGGGCGUUCCGUUUAUUUCGACUGGCGAAGUUGCUUCGUAUAUUCAAGCUCUUCCCACAACUGCAGAAGCUAGUGUUCGCAUUGAUUGAGACCUGGAGACAGGUGUUCUGGGCGCUCGCCUUGAUUCUCCUACUCCUGUACGCGUUCUCCAUCUACGCAGUUUCGAUGAUCGGUGCAGACGCAGCUGAGGGUUCCACUUCGAAGUCGUAUUUUGGCACCUUGACAAAGUCUCUCCUCACAGGUUGGCAAGUAACAACUUUCGACCGCUGGGAUGAGGUUUUGUAUACAUCCACAGACAACCUUCUACAUUUCUGCGUGCUUUUGUUGGUGGCCGUUGUGCUUGGGCUGGGUUUGAUGAACAUGGCGGUCGGCGUCGUUUGCGAAGCUGCGAUGAGCCUACAGGCCAAAGAAGAUGCAGAGGUACAGCGGGCGGAGCUGAUUGCUUUCCUCUCAGCUAUGAAGAAUCUCCAGGAGACUUGCGUGCGAGAACUCGGAGAUCAAUUGCUGACAGCGGAACUCAUGGAAGAUGCCAUUGGCUUGAGAAUGAACCCGUCAUUCAGGCGGCCAAACGCUGGCGCGGGCAGCGUGAGCAGUCAGCCACCUCUUGCUAGCGAUCAACUUCAAACUCUUCUGCCAAAGCUCAAGGAAUUUCUGGGAGACGCCGGUCUACAUCGACUUCUUGUGAAAAGAGUGCGCGACAAAGUUGAUCAUGGGAGAACUGGACAGGUCACAGUGGAUGACUUUACGAAGGGCGCCCUGGUCACCAAAGAGGACUUAGCCAAGGUAGAGCUUUAUGGUUGCACCGUGGCUUUGCGAGAGGUUCGCGAGAAAUGCCUAAAAAUGAACGAAUGCAUUCUGAAUAUUCACAUGUCGCUGCAGCUUGUUCUGCAAGAGAUGUGCGCGGUCAUCCACCGCCAAGAAGCAGCUGAUGAUCCGGGCACCCCUAGUGCAAUGCAUGCCGACAGUGCCGAAUAUGACCCCAGCACUUUGCGACCAGAGGCUGAGAAAGCUGUCGUUGAAAUGGGCAAGUGGUCUGGUGAAGGAAGCCUUCCGCAGAUUCUCAACAUGGGCACCCUUUUCGUGAGCGCCGGCACUGGGAAAAUCAGGAUUUCUGGUGAUGAGGUCGUUGGCUUUGGCACAGCUUUUCGAGCCGAAGUUCAAGUUGGUGACAUUAUCAUCGUCGAGCCCCUCGUCGCACAGAAAAAUGGAGACACUGCAUCGAAAAAGACUUUUGCCCUUGCAGUCACUGUGGUCCUGUCCCAGACGCGACUCAAAGUGGCAACAUUUGUGACUGAAUCGCUGCCUGAAAAUAUCGUCUUUGUCGUUGCCAGAUGCAGGAGGGUGGCGCAGAUGGCAAAGGCUCCCACACCAUUUUCUGCCAUGACAGCACAUGCGCCAAAGCAGAUCUCGCCCCGAAGCUCGCAACGUUGGUUUGCAUGGGACCUUCAGACACAGAAGCGGGAUAAAGUUAAUUUACAGGAGGCGGAGGCGCACCAUUCUUACCUGAAAAGGCUCAAGAAACAGGCUGAGUUCGAGCUGCUAACAGUCCUGGAGCGUCCACUUCUGAGGAUGUGCUUUCAGGCACUGAAGUCCCAGGUCCGACUCAGACAAAAGACUGUCUCCUUGCUGUGGUAA